AUGUUGAGACGGUAUUUGGAGUUGGAUUCGAUAACUGUGAUGCUUUACGUUGGUUUGGGAUUAUUUGUGCAGCUUUCUGCUGUCAUGGCGCAUAGCUUUAUUGUGCAGCUUGCCGGUAAUACCUCAAUGUCGACAGUUAUAAGCGAUUACUCGUUGCAAGUGAAGUCAGGGGACGUUGAGGCCAUUGCGCUCGGUGGUAGGUUUCGGGCUUUGAUGGGAGAAUUUUCUGCCGAUGUGCUGCGUAAGUUGCACCGGGACCCACGAGUAGCGGCGAUCUCGAUCGACCGUUGGUUGGAGCUUCAAGAAUAUGUGAUACAGGGCCAGUCUCCCAUGCACCUGUGUCGACUGGCGUCUAGCUCUACGAGCGUCCACCGGCCGUUCAUGUUUGACUCGCAUUCAGGAGGCGGUGUCGAUAUGUACCUUUUUGACACAGGGAUCGAUUUCAAGCAUCCGGGUCUGAGCAACGUCGACGUGCGGCGGUUGGACGACUUUAGCGACUCAUCCGUUCCGGAGGGCUGCGAUCCGCACGGUCACGGAACUGCGCUAGCGGGUCUUAUAGCGUCUGAAACCUUCGGUGUUUUGAAAAGAUGCGAUCUGCUGGACGUCAGGGUCGCCGACGAGCAGGGCAGAGUGAAGAUCUCGAAUCUUCUUCGAGGUUUGGGCCUGGCGACGGCACAUGCUUCGAAAUCAAUGAAACCAUCGGUAUUUGUUAUACCAAUGGUUGCUGGGGUGAAAAACUACGUGCUCAGAACUGCUCUCGAAGCCAUCCCCAGCGACAUUGCAGUUGUUUUGCCGGCGGGAAACCAACAAUCGGAAGCCUGCGACUUCUGUUUACUGGAUAAAAGGAAAGUCGCGAACGUGCUUGUGGUAGGGUCCGCCGACGAUAAGAAUCGUAUCGCAUCCUUUUCUAACUAUGGAGACUGCGUGGAUGUUUAUACCUCAGGUGUCGGUGUAAGAACGUUGCAAUCCACCGACUUGAAUCCUAGAAGCCUCCUUACCUCAAUCAACGGAACCUCAGCUAGCUGUGCCAUUGGUGCUGGGGUCGUUGGUUACUACAUGUCGAUGGGAUUGAGAAGCAACGAGGCCGUCGAGAAAAUUCAUCAAGUGUCAGAGGAGGUUUCCAAGUACCCACACUACUGCAAACUUCUUCAACUAAAGCCCUGA